GUAUUCAUGUUGAGUGUUGAAAAAUUAUUGUGUUGCUGUCACAGUUACCGACAUAUCAAAAGGUCUCCAGUUUAUGUUGAGUAGGUCAAAUGUCAAUUAUAUAAAAGCGCCAUUUUGUGACAUUCUUAUACAAGUAGAGUAUUUUGAUUAUCAGACGUAUAUACAAAUCACUUAGCCUAUUUAUUUUAUGCUUAACUAAUCAGCGCGUUUUAGGUUAAUUUAUAUAUUUAUUUUACUGAUAGUAUAUUAUUGUUUAAUUUCUCAAUAAAACAUAUAAACGACACUCGGUAUACUACACCAGAUCCACCCAGUGUAUCGUGGACGACAACCACCAAUAACAAGCGUCGCUGGAAGUCACGUGAAUGCACACCCUAUCGGAUUGGUGAUUUCUCCAACCAGAGGGCGCUCGUAUCAUACGUCACUCAAAUGUCAUUUCUCCACUUUUUUGUUUACAAAACACAAGUAAUGGUUAACAAAUUCUCGCAAAAAUGUCUGAAUUAGUGUCGAAAUGCGUGCUCCGGGUGGAAGUGAACGACCCCAGUCCAGAGACGGAUGAAGCCUGUGGCGACACAACCAGCAAAACUUGUCGCAAAUCGCACGAUAUUAGCGUGGAGACUUUCCCCAGCCGGUUGGAAAGCCCCCGGGAAGACUGGGGCUUGCUGCCUGUGACAUCCCGAGAAACGACCCCCCUCACCGAAAAAGAACCCGAAGAAAGUAAAUCAGAGAUUGGUUUUUUCAGCGGAAACCCGUUCGUGGAAAUCACUAAAGGAAUCCUGCAUUUAUACAAAGAAGAUGUUUUAAGCGACCGAAAGGAAGCCUUGACGUUGUGCUUAUUGGGGGUCCCCACGUCUAUGACUUGUCACGAUUUAUUGGCUUUUACAGCCCCCUGUCACGCCGACAUUGCCCACAUUAGAGUCCUCCGGGACUCCCUACCCAACCAAUACAUGGCACUUUUAACUUUCAGGACGCACGAAUCAGCUAUAGAGUUCUACGUGACGUUCAAUGGGGGGCCGUAUAAUAGUCUCGAACCGGAUAAUCUCUGUCGGAUUGUGUGGGUGUCACGGGUCGAGUGGGCCCACGACGGGACUCCGCCCCCGGGACACACCGAACUCCCGAUUUGUCCCGUCUGUCUAGAACGUAUGGACGAAUCAGUCGAUGGGGUCCUCACGAUUUUGUGCAACCACGCUUUCCACGCCAAUUGUCUCGAGCAAUGGGGCGACUCCACGUGCCCCGUUUGUCGCUGCGUGCAAAGCCCUGAGCAAGCCGCCAGCUCCGAAUGUGAACAGUGUGGCAAAGUCGCUCAGUCCGUCGACGCUUUGUGGAUUUGUUUGAUUUGUGGACAUGUAGGCUGCGGCAGGUAUCAAGGGGGCCACGCGGCUUUACAUUACCGCGAGUCGGGGCACUGCUACGCGCUUCAAUUAGGGUCACACCGCGUGUGGGACUACAAAGGAGAUAAUUUCGUGCACAGGUUGCUGCAAAAUAAGUCUGACGGGAAAUUGGUGCCGUCGGAAGGGCCCCCUUCUGAGGCGGAGUGUGCACAGGAGAAGGUUGAUUCGGUGCAGCUGGAAUUCACGUACCUUUUGACGUCACAGUUGGAGGAGCAGAGGUUAUACUUUGAGGAUAAAUUAGCUCAGCUCGAGAAUUUGUACUACGUGGAGAAUCAGGAGUUGAGGUCCGAAGUGGCGAGUUUGGGGGAGGUAAAUGGGGAGUUGAAGGCGAAAUUGGUGACGCUGAAUAAGGAGAAGGUGGCUUUGGAAAAGAAAUGUCAUCAGCAGGGUGUCAAAUUAACUGCUAGUUUGAAUGAGUUGAGCGAGGAAAGACAGUUGGGGAAAGCGUUACGGAACAAUCAGCAACAGUGGCAGACGAAGGUGGCCAAACUACAGGAAGAAAACGACUCUAAAGACAAAGAAAUCGCGGAAUUGAAGGAGCAAGUGCGCGAUUUGAUGUUCUUUAUUGACGCGCAACAGGUUAUCGAAAAGUCGGAAAAUAGGGAAGAGAUCGCUGAAGGCACGAUCACAGUAGGCGCCGAGCCGGCGCGCCCCAAGUCCAAAAAAGGCAAAAAGAAGCGUUAA